AUGCCGCAGAGGGCUGACACUUCAAAGGUAAAUGGAUCUAAGCAUGAUAAUACAGCAUCUACCAGUUCUUUACAUCCAGAGAUUCCUGCUCCCAGGCCACUUGGUGAGGCCGCCGACUCAACUCCUCCUCACACAAGUUCUCCAGCUACUUCCUUGAAUUACAAAGCCAUGACUGAAGUACACAGCAAAUUGAGUAUUAAUACAUCUUUACAGCGUGAGAGAGCUUCGACCCUUUCAACACGUUUAUCAUCUUCAAGUCCUAGACUGGGCCUUCCUUCAAUCAACGACUACAAACCUAGAAAUCAUAACAAGAUGACUUAUAACCCUUAUGGACUUAGUGCUUUAGGCACUAACAGUCCGUCAAGGGUUAGUACGUCCUCUUCUAUUCGAAAUUCAAACCAUGGUGGUGUGUUUGAUUCUUCGGACGACGACUCAAAUGUCGUCCCAUAUCCAGUCGACCUCCCCAACGAUCACCUACCUCCAGAACUUAAAGAGGACCAUCAAAACUUGUUUGAUGACUACCAAUUUCUUGAAGACAAAUCCAAUAUUGGUACCGGUGCUUCUGCCUUUGUGAAAAAAGUCAGCAGAAUAGGCCAUCCACGCGAUCUAUAUGCAUUAAAGAAGUUUGUUCUGUUCAAAGGUGAAAAAUCAGAAGACUUUUACAGACGUGCCUCCAGGGAAUACAUCAUUCACCACAAUUUGAAUGCCGGACUGCACAUUGCAACUUGCCAUAGUUUGGUUAAGAUUUCUCAUCAAAGAAGCCUGACCCGUGGCUGGGGAUUAAUUUUAGAGCUUUGCAAGGCUGAUCUUUUUGAUAUUGUUUCGAGAAACUCCUUCAAUCAUGUAUCAUCUUCAGAAAAAAUGUGUCUCUUUAAACAAGUUGCAUAUGGAAUCAAGUAUAUGCACGAGUGUGACGUUGUUCAUCGGGAUAUGAAGCCUGAAAAUAUUCUCCUCACAGCGGAUGGUGUCGUGAAGAUUACUGAUUUUGGCGUCGCUGAGUACGGCCAUGAAAUCCCUGGCGAUUUCAGUUCGCCGGUUGCAAUGAGCACACAACUAGUUGGAUCCCCGCCGUAUCAACCUCCAGAAGUAGAGGCGUUGAAAGGCGUUCCUAACGAUAAGCGUGUCCCGUAUGACCCAUUUAGGAUGGAUUGUUGGUCAUUGGGACUGAUAUUAUUUGUGCUAUUUUACGGAAACGUUCCAUUUGACGAUUGUAGCAAGCAAUCCGCAUCCUUCCGUGACUAUGAGCAUUCGGUCAAAGAAUACAGUACUAGAAUUAAUCCUGACUUCAAGAAAACCAGCAUAAAAGGGCCUGGAAUGGAGUACAGAUUUGCCCGCAAGUUCAUGGACAUUGGUAUUGCUCGUAUCGCCUGGCGCCUUGGCGAUCCCGACCCAGAAACUCGUUAUACCUUAUUUGAUCUUUUCUCGGAUCGCGUCUUUCAGCAGGCUGAACUGUGUAUUCAUGAGAACGAUCAUGCUUGCAGUUUCUGCCAUCGCCCAGAAUGCAGAGAUGAAGCGUUUAAAUAUGCUUACGGCUCUGAUAUAAAUACCAGCAGUUUACAAGUUCGUUCAGUUUCUUCCUCAUCUUCAAUCAGCACUCAUAUUGGCCGCUCAAGAGGAAAUACAAAUGCCUCAUUACCAUUACCAUCUGCGGCAUCUACGGCUGAUAUGGGGAAGGUUAGAUCGAUGAUCGACAUUGCCGUUGAGGCAAAGCAUUCGGAAUUGGUCAAAUCCGUUGUUCCCCCUCCGAAGCUCGAUGAAGCUGACGAGGAAAUUGACAAUGAUGAGUCAGAACUGGGAGAGCAUAAACAAGACGAACAGGAAUCGGAUGAAAAAGAAGAUUCAUCGCAGGAACAGCUACUGCUGGGAAAAAUAUUACAGAUCGAUUCGGAAUCGACACAAUCAUCUACCAGAGGUUUAGCAUCAUAUGGACUAGCAGUCUUUCCGGAGCUGCUCGACAAUCUCUGCACUUCUGACGGCCUGAAGAAAAUUGUUUUGGAAGAUGGUCCAUUAAAGCUUGUUCCUUCGGAUGUGAUUAGAAAGUGCGGACAAUGUAGAGUCAAGUCUCACAAUCAUAUGCCAAAAUGGUAG